AUGGCAUAUCUUUAUAUUGAAAGACGCGUUUAUCAAAUUGAGUUUGUACCUGAAUCCCCGGCGGAUAUUCGCGUUGUAGUUGGUAUAGGCCCCAAAAAGAUUCCCACUAUAUUACAAUAUGAUGAAAAUUUUGAAAAUGUUAUAUCAUGGGGAUUUGCUGCCAUGGCUAGCGAACCUAAACGUAAAACGAAAACUAAAUCUACUCCAUCAAGUCUUGUCGAACUUUUCAAACUCCAUUUAGGAAACAUUCCGAAUGAGCAAAAACCAGUAUUGCCUUCACAAAUUACUCCAGAAAGAGCUAUUACCGAUUAUCUUCGAAAAAUGGCCGAAGCUGCAGCCGUACAUUGUCUUAAAGAGUUAAAACCGAAUGGAUUAAAGGCUGGAAUAGAUUUGACAGUCAGAAAACUGCUUGAGAGUAAUCAGCUUGAAGAAGAUACAGAACGAUCUGGAGAUUUUUGUGGUAGUACUUAUGUUGACAGAGAAUUUUUAAAGUUUCUCGAAGACAAGGUCGGGAAAAAUGCAAUGAAAAUGUUACGUGAAAAACAUUAUGGUCAAUUAAGUUAUAUAAUCCAGCAAUUUUGCGAUCGUGUCAAGAUUCCGUUUACCGGAGAAAAGUCAGAAUUUAGAAAAUAUAGUUUGGAUAUUGAAACAAAAUGCCCAGCUUUAAAACAAUAUGUUUCUGGUAGUGCUAAAGAUGAAUUGUCAGAUGAAGAUUGGGAAAUUGACAUUGACUUUGCAACCGUUAAAAGCUUUUUUGAUCCUGUUGUCAAUAAAAUUCUUCGACUAAUAAGUGCACAACUAGAUAAAAGUGCGUGUUCGGUAAUGUUUUUAGUUGGAGGUUUUAGUGAAUCUAAGUAUCUUCAACAAAGAAUUAAGCAACAGUUUUCAGAGUAUAAAGUUGCAGUACCACCAUAUCCUAUAAUAGCAAUAGCAAAUGGAGCAGUUGAAUAUGGGAUAGACAUGGAUGCUAUUAAAAAUCGAGUAUUAAAAUGGACCUAUGGAGUUGCAAUUUAUCCAGAAUUUCAAGAAGGAGAUCCUCCAUCACGUAAAAAUUCCGACGGACAUAUACAGAAGUUUCAUUUGAUGGCUAAAAGAGGCAUCCAGGUGGAAAUAAAUCAACAAUUUUCCACCAGACAAUGUCCAGUUGAACCGGAUCAAACACAGAUACGUUUUAGAUUUUAUUAUUCCUCAAGGGAAACAGCACAAUACUGUGACGAGGAUGGAAUGAAUAAAUUAGGAGAGUUUUUGAUUGAUUUACCAGACACACAUUUAGGUAUUAAUAGGCCUGUAUUACUUAGUCUAUAUUUUGGAUCAAUGGAAAUCAUUGCAAUAGCAAAGAAUGAAACAAAUGGGAAAAUCUAUCGAACAAAAUUUAAAUUAGAUUUAUAG